UUUUUUUCUUUUUUUUUUGGGCAUAAAGCUAGAAUCGCGACAAGUUUGGCACGCCAGUUAAGAAAGUAGAGGGGAAAUCCCCAAGUGACGGGUUUUUUAUAUAUAUAUCUAAAGAUGUUGCCGAGGCAUUAUCCGCCCAUCUAGUGAUAUUGAAACUUAGUCUUGGUUUUAAGUUCCGGAGAGUUGUUUUUGGAAUGUAUGCCCUUUAAAGUUUACAAGCAGCAACACUUUCUAGACAAUUUUUACAGAACUUGAAUGAUAAAGCUCAGGAACAACAACUUUUCAAUCAAAGAGCUCAGUUAAUGUUUCAAAAUAGCACUUUAUUUUAGAUGUUGUACAAGUUGUAGAACCACAGAGUAAAACUGGUUUGCUUUAGGGAUCUUUAAAAACUAAUGAAUUAAGGUACAGCAAAUUACAGCAAAUGGUUCUGGUUUUGCUGGAGUUUAUUAGCCAAACAAAAGACAAUCGAGGCAUAGAUAUUUAGUUUAUUUACCAAGACACGCAAUUUGUGGCAACUUUGGAUUCGCUUUUUUUUUGGGGGGUUGCAAGAGCUAUCUUGAAUAGCGUGCUGGAUUGCAAAUUAGCGACAAUCGGUAGCUUUGCAUUGCCAUAAAUCAACUGGUCAAUCGAUCAUUACCCUAUCUCCAUCGCCACAUUGCCACAUCGCCAUCAAAGUGAAGAGAGCCGAGGCGAGGCGACCAGCUGCUCCAUUGGUCGGUGGUCACUAGUCCAGGCAGGAUGUCCUUCGCGGAUGACAGCUAUAGCUUUGGUCGCUGCUACGAGUAUCAGCCCGAUGAUUGCAAAUGGCAGGCUACAGGACCUAGACCCGUGGCCACAACCACCGUGCUGGCCACGCACAGGGAAUCAUCCAGCAGCACCGAGGGACGCGAGUCCGCCGUUGAUAUGGAGAGAAACGAUGCGGACAUCAACUUUCAACGGGUCUCCAUUUCGGGUGAGGACACCAGUGGCGUUCCCCUCGAGGAUCUGGAGCGGGCCUCGACCCUGCUGAUCGAGGCACUGCGUCUGCGCAGCCACUACAUGGCCAUGUCGGAUCAAUCGUUUCCCUCGACCACGGCGCGUUUCCUCAAGACGGUGAAGCUCAAGGAUCGCAUCAACAAUCUGCCCGUCAAGGAGGUAUCGGACAUCAUUCGCAAAAUGAGUGUAACGAACAUACAAGAACCUACAGACGUCCAUUUGAGACACUCGCAUUUGAAGGUAACCAACCCGUGGAACGUGGAGUUUCCCAAAGAUGAAAACUUUAGGAUCAAGCCCCUCAACGGAGUGUUUCACAUUUACGAGAAUGAUGACGAGAGCAGUGAGAUCAAAUACGAAUAUCCAGAUAUGAGUCAAUUCGUGAACGACAUGCAGGUCAUGUGCAACAUGAUUGCCGAUGGGCCAUUGAAAUCCUUCUGCUAUCGUCGUCUCUGCUAUCUGUCGUCCAAGUAUCAGAUGCACGUGCUCCUCAACGAGCUGCGGGAGCUGGCUGCCCAGAAGGCGGUGCCGCAUCGCGAUUUCUACAACACCCGCAAGGUGGACACUCACAUCCAUGCCGCGUCCUGCAUGAACCAGAAGCAUCUGCUGCGCUUCAUCAAGAAGACGCUGAAGAACAACGCCAACGAGGUGGUCACCGUCACCAAUGGCCAGCAGAUGACCCUGGCCCAGGUGUUCCAGUCGAUGAACCUGACCACUUACGAUCUAACCGUCGACAUGCUGGACGUCCAUGCCGAUCGCAACACGUUCCAUCGCUUCGACAAGUUCAACUCCAAGUACAAUCCCAUUGGGGAGUCGCGACUCCGGGAGGUGUUCCUCAAGACGGACAACUAUCUGAAUGGCAAAUACUUUGCACAGAUCAUAAAGGAAGUGGCCUUCGAUCUGGAGGAGUCCAAGUAUCAGAAUGCCGAGCUGCGUCUCUCCAUCUAUGGCAAAUCGCCGGAUGAGUGGUACAAGCUGGCCAAGUGGGCCAUCGACAAUGAUGUGUACAGCUCGAACAUUCGCUGGCUAAUCCAGAUACCCCGUCUCUUCGACAUCUUCAAGUCGAACAAGAUGAUGAAGUCAUUCCAGGAGAUCCUGAACAAUAUAUUCCUGCCGCUCUUCGAGGCGACAGCCAGACCCAGUAAGCAUCCCGAGUUGCAUCGCUUUCUGCAGUACGUGAUCGGGUUCGAUUCGGUGGAUGAUGAGUCCAAGCCAGAGAAUCCGCUUUUCGACAACGAUGUGCCCCGACCGGAGGAGUGGACAUACGAGGAGAAUCCGCCCUAUGCCUACUAUAUCUACUAUAUGUACGCCAACAUGACGGUGCUGAACAAGUUUAGACAAUCGCGCAACAUGAACACCUUUGUGCUGCGACCCCAUUGCGGCGAGGCUGGACCCGUGCAGCAUCUGGUUUGCGGCUUCCUCAUGGCCGAGAACAUCUCCCACGGCCUCCUGCUCCGCAAGGUGCCGGUGCUGCAGUAUCUGUAUUAUUUAACCCAGAUCGGCAUUGCCAUGUCGCCGCUGUCGAACAACUCGCUGUUCCUCAACUACCAUCGCAAUCCGUUGCCGGAGUAUUUGGCACGUGGCCUCAUCAUUUCCCUCUCCACGGAUGAUCCCUUGCAAUUCCACUUCACCAAGGAACCCCUCAUGGAGGAGUACAGCAUUGCGGCCCAGGUGUGGAAGCUCAGCUCAUGCGACAUGUGCGAGCUGGCCAGGAACAGUGUGAUGAUGAGUGGAUUUCCACAUGCCAUCAAACAGCAGUGGCUGGGACCCAUCUACUACGAGGACGGUAUCAUGGGCAACGACAUCACGCGCACCAAUGUGCCAGAGAUCCGGGUGGCCUAUCGCUAUGAGACCCUGCUGGACGAGCUGUCCAACAUCUUCAAGGUGAACCAGACCUGCUCCGUACCAGACCUAAACGCCUCAUAGUCUGGCAGCUGGUCCGUGUGGUACAUCUGCUCCAUCGCGUUGUUGUGGCUUCCUAUGCUAACUUAAUGCAAAUUACGCAGAUAUAUACGCUAGUUAUAUACAUAAUUUAAAUGUUUCUGUACUAACCAAAUUGUAAACGCGGCAGACCAAAACCUUUAAAUAUACAAAACUUGUACACGCAA